AUGGCGCUGAACGGCUCUCCUUCGCUUUCCGACGUACAUCUUAACGAUGAUGGCCUGCCCGUCGCACACAACGGUGUGCGGCACCAGCCGGUCUUCUUCCUCUUCAUCGCCGCGCCCAGCCUCGCCUCCGUUGGCUGGGCAAGUCUAUGCACCUUCCUCUUCCUCUACAUGUCACUGGUGAUGCGCAUCAACCUGUUCAGGGGCGUCCACUUCUCGCUGGUGUGGUGGGCGUACAACGUUCCCGAUGACGAGCGUAGCCUCGCGACGGCGGUGACCAACGUGCUCACCAAGGCACUGGCCGUGGGGCUAUCCGGGAUGGCGUCCAUCACCAUUGCCGGCGUGCUGAUGACCACCAUGUACCACGCGUUCGUGCGCAAGGACCUGUUCCCUCGAUGUGUCCAUCGAUGUCACGCAGCGGCCCAAGGCAAGUUCAACAAGAUCCUCGCGCACUUCCGUGCCUCUGGUGACGGCGUCAAGGACGUACCUCGUCUUCACCAUCCUAAGCACGGCACCGCCGCACCGGCAGCGGAUCCAACCCCAACAGCGCCAGCGAGUCGCCGUCGUCCAUGGCGCGUGGCCACCGCAGAGCAGAGCCGUAGGCCACUUUCGAUCUCGACACGGUUCUGA